CAAACAACUUUUAUUGAGAUAAAAACACACCGAUCAUAACAGAUCAAAGUCCAAACAACGUUUAAAUUAUUCUAAUUAGAACAGAUUAAACAUGGCGAGUUUACGGCAAACUUUAACUAAAUUUAACGGAUUUCCAAAAUUAGUUUUUGAAACUUUUCCGCGCGCAUAUAGUGGAGCAGCAAGUAAGGAUUUAGUAAAUGUUGCUGUCAAUGAAAAAUCUGGUGUUGCUACAUUAACCUUGCAAAGAUUACCUGUCAAUUCGUUAAACUUAGAAUUUAUUCAAGCCAUCAAUCAAAGUUUAACCGAAUUAAGUAAAUCAAAAUGCCGUGGUGUUAUUUUAACUUCGGCGUCUCCAAAAGUAUUUUCUGCCGGUUUAGAUAUUACAGAGAUGUUUCAACCGAAAUUGGAUAGAGCAAAAGAAUUUUGGAGUUCAUUACAAGAUUUAUGGUUAAAUUUAUAUGGAUCAACUCUCCCAACUGCGGCUGCUAUUGUGGGCCAUGCACCUGCCGGCGGCUGUCUGUUAUCAAUGUCUUGUGAAUAUCGUGUAAUGGCACCAAAUUGUACAAUUGGUCUAAACGAAACUCAAUUGGGUUUAAUUGCUCCACCAUGGUUUAGUGAUACAAUGUUAAAUACAAUUGGUUCACGUCAAACUGAAGCUGCUUUAACAGCUGGUCGAUUAUUUACGACAGCUGAAGCGUUACAAAUUGGUUUAAUUGAUGAAAUUGGUAACAGUCGCGAAGAAAUUAUUAGCAAGUGUGAAAAAUUCUUUGAACGUUUUAAGCGAAUUUCACCACAAGCAAGAUACCUAUCGAAAUUAGCUACACGUGCUAAGGCUUUGGAGGAUCUUCGUACUAAUCGACAAAAAGACUUGGAUUUAUUCAUUAAAACUAUUACUGAUCCAAUAACACAAAAAAUUCUUGGAAUGUAUUUACAGUCAUUAAAAAAAUAAAAACUUGAAAGC